CUUCACCUUUAGCAAAUUGUAAACUGAAGAAAUUUGACGUCGAAGUUUCACUUUGAGGAGUUUCUGCUUGAUUAUACCAAAAUUUCACUUGGCUGAACCAUGUCAGAAAACACAGACUUUGGAAAUAAGAGAAAAAUUGAAUGUAACACCAAUGCAGCUUCACCAAUUAGCUUUAAGAAAGCAAGGUAUGCAUGGCAGAUCAAAGGAAACAGAAGGGCGUGCCCAGAAGGUGGUGUUUCAACUUCAAGUCAACAAAAAAAUGGCAGAGAUAAGUCAAGGAACAAUACAAGUAUGCAAGAAAGUACAAAUGCCAGAACUUUUAUCCAAAAUAAUUAUGUGGAUCGGAAUCCAAUUGAAAACCAUUUACCUGUGGUACAUAGGUUUAAACAUUAUUCAUGUGAUCACAUUUCUGAAACUACUCAUUUGCCAAAAUUGAGCACAUUUAUGCAUGCAUCAAGUCAUGUUCAAAAUUAUGAUUUACAAGAAGAUUCAGAUGUCAUGGAACCAUUUGAGGCACAGAUGACUACAUCUGUCAAACAGCUAAACAGAGCAAGAGAGUGUGUAGAUCGCAUAUGGCGCAGAGAAGAAGAAAUGGGCCAUGCAAUUGUAGACAAUAUGGUAAAUAAGAUACUUGAAGAAAUGGGUAUGUGUCCUGACCUUGAAACAAAUAAAGACAAGCCCACAACCAUGGCGAAAAAGUUCCUUGAAAGUUGCGGCGUUGACUUUGCUAUUGGAAGCCAGGGGCUGAACCCAAGGCUUCAACAUUUGUGUGAUGAAAAUGAUAAUUUUUCAGACAUUGACAUCGAGGAAAGGUUCACUAGACAGAAUUGUGAGAAUGGUGGACCAAUAGUAGUUAAUACUGAGAAGCAAGUGAGAAACAGCGAAUUAGAACAAUCUGACUAUAACUGCAAUACAUAUUCACAAAUGUCUUUCAAUGACUUAGGGAAUUUACCUGAUCAAAUGAAAAGUAGGAGGAGAGAAGAAAUUGCUUCCAGAAGUAUGGAAACAGCUAGUGACAAUUUGUAUUCAAAUACAAGUGAUAUACCAACAGCAAUAAAGGAUUCUCAAGCAAUAACUGAGUCUGAAAAACUAGAGUACAUGAAUCUUGAGACAAUUGAAGAUUUGGCUGUGUCAGCUGCAAUAUUUUCCAGCGGUCUUGCUAUUCCUUGAAGUGCUGUUGAUUUCUUUAAAAUAUAUUUUUUGGUUUAGGUUUCACACUACUUUAAAAUCAAAAUAAGACUUGUUGGUGAAUUGUGCAUGAAUGUGUUGUAAAAUGCAUUUUAUUUAUUUUCAUUUAGAUAUAAUAUUUUAGGAAGAGUAUUUAACUUAUGAACUUGGAGUAC